ACAUUUUUGUAAGCGUAACAUCUUAUCGUGUGAGUAAAAAUGGCGACGGCUUUGGCAGUUAGGCAGAAUAUUGGGAAUUGGUCAAAAGUGUUUCCUAAUGAACUAGGUACCGAAUUACGGUCCUUAGUUUUCAUCAAGAAAUUGCUCGCAGUAGCGGCGUCUUAUGUUUUAUACUUCAGAGACAUUUUCCCUGAAUCAGCAUUCCACGACAAGCAACUAGAAGGAAUUGAACUGAAGAUACUAAAAGAAAGCUCUGAAUUUCCAGAAUCUUCGAAGAUAAUCUACUGGCUUAAGGGUUGCUUUGAUGCAAUUGAUCGAAAAUACCUAAAAUCAGCGACUAUUGCACUUUAUACCCCCUCUAAUAAAGAUGAUGAAUGCAAUGUAAUUGAGUCAUAUUGCUUUCGUCUGUCGUAUGGACAGAGCAACAUCUCACUAAGUGUAACUUCUGAAAACGAAAGUCUGUGUGAUCUGUCUUACACUUCUGAUAAAGAAAUAAAAUCAGCCACCCUAAGCCUCUUAAAGAACAUAGAGACAGCUGGGAAGAGAUUAUCAAAACUACCAUCAGAGCUAAUGGUAACUAUGAAAUUGCAGUAUUAUGACGAAGUAACACCAGAAGAUUAUAUGACACCGGGAUUCAAGCGCGCUGACGACACGACUUUUGUCUAUGAAGAAGAUAAUAUCAAUGUACGACUGGGUAACGUGAGAACGGUUCACCACAGCAUUAAAAUGCACGUACAGACGAGCCGAAGGUUGUUUUCUGGAUCUGUGAAGUCUACUGAGUCAACUCAAGAAGAAUGUGUCCAUGAAAUUUCGUCAAAUUCACAAAUUAAAAGUAAAUUGAACGAAGAAGAGGAACUGAGUUUAUCGUUUCUGCAACAAACUUUAGCAUCUGAUGAAAGUGAAUCACAAGUCUAUAAAGUUCGUUGUCCUUGUGGUGUAAACACAGAUGAUGGUGUUAUGAUUUUAUGUGAUGGAUGUGGUAGCUGGCAGCAUGCAAUUUGCUUUCGAAUUUCAGAGGAGUACAAUGUUCCUGUUUCCCAUGUCUGUGAGAUUUGCGCAAAAAACAAGCCUGAACUCCUUCAAAGUGGAGGUACUACAGAUGAUACUAUUCGAAAUAUGACUGAUGAUGCCAGAAAGGCAACUUGUCUCUUUCGACGUGCAAUAAGUCUAUGUAUGUAUGUUGAUUCAGUAUCACCUGCUGUCUUAGCCAGAGCCCUUGCAGUAGAGUAUACUGUCGCUCGUGGAAUUUUUAACCGUUUAGUAAAAGAGCAAGUUGUUAAACUUCCAGGACCAAAAAGGGGUGAAAAACUGGUUGAAAAAGAAUUUCUGAAGAAUACUGUAUAUCCGCGUGUCUUCGGUCAGGAUGAGAAAAAAGGAACUAUGGUUUCACCUGAAUUUUCAACUACUCAAAAACCGACUAAUAUUCAUGGUGCACCUGGAAAACGCACACAGCAAAGCAUAAUACAGUCAACAAUUGAAAAGGAAAUUGAUGAUGAGGAUGAGGAUAAUUUGAUGAAUAAUUGUACUCAAGACUCUUUGUUCUCACCGAUAGCUGAUAAGAAAAGACGAAAAGUGGAUUUGGCUAACACACCAAUUAACAUCUUUCGUCCAUAAAAGCAACACCACUUGUGUUCUUAUUGUUGCUGUGUUUUGUGUUUAACCAGAAACUAAUGUUAACAUUUUGCUUAUUCAGUUGAUAAUUGUGAAAUUUAUACAUUCUUUUUUAAAUAAUAAAUAAAACAAUUAUGAUA